AUGUAAUUAGAAAAUCCUAAACCAUAAAUUUUUCAAACAGGUAAUUUCGAAUUCACUUAACAAUAUAUUUAAAGAAAGUAAUAAGAAUAUGAUCCAGAUAUUGAAGAUCCUAUAGAUGAAUAUGAAAUAUUUGACUUAAUUAAAACAAUAAAGGAUCCUGAACAUUCAUUCACUCUAGAAUAAUUGAAUAUAGUUAACCCCAAUGAUAUCCAAAUAUAAGGAAAUAGAAUAACUGUGUAUUUUACUCCUACUAUUCCUCAUUGUUCUAUGGCUUAAACAAUAGGAUUAACUUUGAAAAUUAAAUUGGUAAGAAGCUUGCCUUAAAAUUAUAAAAUUUAUGUUUAAAUAAAAGAGAACACACAUAUUAAAGAAUAAGAAUUAAAUAAGUUAUUCUAAGAUAAAGAGAGAGUUUUGGCUGCUAUAGAGAACUAACAAUUAUUAAAGAUAAUUAACUAUGGUAUUUAAGGAAUAAGAUGA